GGCGGCGGGUUCGGUAUGAUAGAGUAUGGGAAAGAAAGGGGGUGGGAAACAGGACACCCCCGUGGGUAGGGGGCCGGGAGUGCAGCUGUUCGCCCCUCUCCUUACCUCGAUGUGAGCUGGCUGUCUCUUUCCCAAGGUUGCUGUCCUCCUCAUCUCUUCGACCAUUCUUUCUACUCAGCGUCUCGCUUUUGGGCUACCUGCUGCUAGAUCUCUGGCAGCCCCACUUUUUGGCUGACUUUUCAGCUUCAUCCCCAGAAGAGACACACUCUGACAGUGAGAGUGCAGGGCCAGGCGCCCGGCCUCACCUGCUGAGUGUACCUGAAUUGUGUCGAUACCUGGCUGAGAGCUGGCUCACCUUCCAGAUUCAUCUUCAAGAGUUGCUGCAGUACAAGAGGCAGAACCCAGCCCAGUUCUGCGCUCGUGUCUGCUCUGGUUGUGCAGUGCUGGCCAUGCUGGGACAUUAUGUUCCAGGGAUUAUGAUUUCCUACAUUGUCCUGCUGAGCAUCCUGCUGUGGCCCCUGGUGGUUUACCACGAGCUCAUCCAGAGGAUGUACACACGUCUGGAGCCCCUGCUCAUGCAGCUGGAUUACAGCAUGAAAGCCGAGGCUGAGGCCCUACAUCACAAACAUGACAAGAGGAAGCGGCAAAUGAGGAGCAUGCCCCCAGGAGGUGAUGAGCCAAUGGCAGAAACUGAGAGUGAAAGUGAGGCUGAGCUGGCUGGCUUCUCCCCUGUGGUAGAUGUGAAGAAAACAGCACUUGCCUUGGCUAUUACCGACUCAGAACUGUCAGAUGAAGAGGCCUCUAUUUUGGAGAGUGGUGGCUUUUCCGUAUCCCGUGCCACUACUCCACAACUGACAGAUGUCUCUGAGGAUUUGGACCAGCAGAGCUUGCCAAGUGAGCCAGAGGAGGCAUUAAGCAGGGAUCUUGGAGAAGGGGAAGAAGCAGAAUUAGCCCCUCCUGAGGACCUGCUGGACCAUGAACAUACCCUUUCAAAACAGGCACUGGACUCUGAGGAGGAAGAAGAGGUGGUGGCCAAGGGGACCUUGCUUCAACUCACUUCCCCACUGCACUUUGUGAACACGCACUUCAAUGGGGCAGGAUCUCCCAGGGCUGGGAUCAGGGCUCCCCUUGGGGGACCAGUGGAGUCACUUAGCCCUGAGCUAGAGAGUGAUUCCCUUAACACUGUGCCCAGUACCCUGUCAACCCCACUUUGCCAUGCUGAAAGCAGCAAAGUCUCCUCCUCCUCAGUCCUCCCGCCUAUUUCCCAGGACUUUCCCCUGCCUGCCCUUGCCCCUGAGGAGGAGGAGGAAACACUGACCUCUGAGGACUUUGAGUUACUGGAUCAAAGGGAGUUGGAGCAGCUGGAGGUGGAGCUGGGAUUGGGGCCAGGCACACCCCCAGAACCUCCUGGUGCUCCUCUUCCUGCACUGCCAGACCAAAAGGCUGGGGCUACUGUGGAACCCUGAGCCAGCUGGGAGUGGGGGAGGCAGGCACGCGUUGGCCGACUAGCUGAGGGUACAACUGUUUUUCCUCCUGGCCCUACUGCAUUAAGCAGGGAGUGGAGCAGUGAAGCUGGUGGCCAUUCCACCCUCCAUCCUGCCUGCAGCUGGGCCUAAAGUUGGUUUUAAGUUUGUAAAUAACUUUAAAUUGGGGUUGGUGGAUAUGUGCAGGACUAGGGAAGCCUUUCCUGCAGACUAUCACUUGCCUCCCUCCUUCCCACUCUUUAUCCUCUCUCACCCCAGUGGGCUCCUAACCCUUCCUUUCCAGCCUCAGGGACCUGUGCUGCUCUGCCCCAGUGUCCCGCUGAGUUGUUUAGUUAAGGCACUUUACCGAUUUCCUCUCUUAGCCUGCUCCCCUCCGUGCUCUCAUUUCCCUGUUGUCUUGAUCUCCCAGCUAGGCUGCUCUGCCCCAGCUCUCUCCCCAUCACAGGCACUCGCUGGACUAUGGGGAGGUUCCUGUUUGGAGAUGGGGGGGAGGGGGGACAGGGAAUUCACAGCACUUACACCAGCACUGGGGUUGGAUGAGCACAAAGCCUGGCUUGAAGCUGACUGGGGGGUGGGGGUGGGGGGGAUACUUGUAGGAGGGAGGGAGGGACAGAAAGAGGGACCUAGGUGCCUGGACGUUAGGUAUUCUAAAGACCUACGGGUGGGUGUCCUUUGCCUGAGUUUUGGAUGUGGACUGUUAACACCUGUGCAGGCAUCAACUAGAAUAAUAAAAUGUGUUGGUUGGCUGGA